GUCCCAACCAGUUCGUGUUUGUUGCCCGUGAAGGAUGCCUUCUGCCAACCCCAAACUAGAAAAACAGGCCUCUACGGAGACCGUGGAUCCGUUACGCCAAGCUAUCGUCGUAAUCGAGCACAAGAUACGGAAUCUCGAGAAGCGUAAGGGGAGGCUCGAAUCGUAUAGAGACUUGCAGAAAAAUGGAAGAGAAUUAAAUUCAGACCAAAAGACAGCGGUGGCGAAGUAUGAUGAAGUACUUCAAACGCUGGAGAUUACACGGGACUUGUAUAAGCAAAUCGUUAAUAUUGCCAAUGAUGCAGUUAAACAGCAGAAGAAACUGGCACGGAAAGAGGCUGUUGAGCGUAUGCAACAAGACAUUGCAAAAGUAAAGGAAGUGCUACUUGCUCAGCAUGUCCUGAUAAGCGUAAACACUGAUUCUGUUAGAGACGACUUUUUUCAUGGAAAGAACGGGGCUAUAAAACUGACAGAGGAGGAAUUCAAAUAUCUAGACAAUUUAUAUAAUGAGAUAGUGAUAAAGCAUCAGCGUGAAGAAGGUGAUCUGACAUUUGUUCAGCAAGCACAAAAAGUGGCGGAGCAUUACGUUGCGAUUGUUGAUGGAAAGCAACGUGAAGUUAUUGGCACUACUUAUAAUAAAUUGAAAGAGAUAAUUUCCAAAAUUAAUCAGUGCGGCUAUUUCGAUCNUGUACAGAUUACUGAAACUGUGGCAGAGACUAAGAUUACUAAUACACAGACAGCUCAAGAACAGGUCAACGAAGAAUACAGCAAUGGCAAUGACAGGCACAUUCCACCGGAAUCCAUGAUACCUAUUCCAAAUUUUCCGGUUCAAGUUACUACACUUCCCAUUGUUUCUAGUGCUGCUCCAGUUUCGGGACCCAUACCGGUUGUACCACAACCAAUGCCACCUCAUCCAGCUGCGCCAGUCGACACCCCGUAUUAUACGAAUGCCACUACUUUUGUUCCUCAACCACAACAACAGCAGCAGCAAGCUCAGCAAUCUCAGCAGCAACCUCCACCGGCGCCUCGUAUCAAUGACGUUAUAGGCACGCCUAACUUCUUUUUCUUGCAAGAAUCUGAACUUGAUUCAGAUGUUACGUCGCAAACACCCAUCGUAUCACACAUUCCUCCUACAGUUAAUGCGCCUAUUCCUUCGCAAACCUUCACAAAUCAGAACUUUGCAAAUGCACCUGUGGGCGUACCUCAACAGGUCAUAUACCAACACCAACCGCCGCAAGAUAUGUCGCACAUUCCUGGUUUCGCGAAUCCUAAUCCACCACCACCGAUUCCGAUGCCACCUUCUCAUCAGCAACCAAAUAUGCAAUAUAGCCCGCAACAUCCCACUAGUUUCCAGCCUCAACAACCACAGCAGCAACAAAAUACCGCACAAUUACCCCAGCAAGGUCAAAUGCAAAACUUCAACGAGCAGACGCAUCAGCAAGAAGCUCAAGCAUCCACAGAGGAAAAGAUUGAGAAUGGUCAAAAUGAAAUUCCCGAUCCAUCAUUGGAACAACAAAAUGAAUCAAUCGAUUGGUGUCAGAUGACUGAGACCAAUGAUUGGAAUCAGUCUGAUCAACAGCAACAGUCUGUCCAAGAUUGCCAGCAAGCGUCACAACAGACAUCUCAGCAGACUUGGGUACCUGAUCAACGUGGUGGGUACAGAGGAAGAGGUGGCAGAAGAGGGACUGCUAAUAGCUAUAAUAGCAGAGGCAGGGGAAAUUAUCAACAAAAUGGUCGCGCAGGACAAGGCACGUAUUAUCGUAAUGAUAGUAACUACCAAAAUGGAUAUCAGCAGCGUGCUUGGGGCAACAACGAAGGAAAUAACGGAUAUAAUUCUGGCUUCAAGCGUGGCAGCGGCGGUGGAUCAAGAGGUACACGCAACGACCGCGUUAGUCGCGGACAAUUCCGAGGACAAAGGGGAAGCAAUCGUGGAUACGCACCACGCGGCAAGCCUCAUACGCAAUAAGGAAGAAAAAAAGAACGCUAUAUCUGGCGUAAAUGCACAGUAAAACACACUAUAAGAUGCUCUGCGAUUACGAUUCAACUGUCUAUUUAUGAAAAAGCUUAAGUCGAAACAAUGCAUUUGCAAUGAGAUGAAACUUCAAUGUAGUGGAUACCGUGCAGUACUGCAUGCUUAAGAAUAUUAUAGACAAUAUAGUAACUUUGAUAUUAAAAAGAUCGAUUAAGUGGAUUAAGUGGGACGUUAGCUUUUGUAGUACAGAUUUAACUGUAUUACAUGUUUUUUAUCUAUUGCAUAUUCACAUCUGUAUCAAGUAACAUUGAGAAGAUAAAGUUUAUUGAUUACAUACAAAACGUAACUUGCAUCUGAUGUGUGUCGUACAAAGGUAAGUAUGACAUGAAAGAAAAUUCGAAAAAUCUUGCGCUGGCAUUUGCGGGUACUUGCGGCUUAGGACAUUUCUUAAAUAUGACAUUGAACAAAUAAAGGAUUACAUAUGAAUUUGGUGUUUGUAAUUAUGAAGAGAGGAUUAAUGUUGAUAAAAAAAUGCAGAGAUAACAUUGUGAUAUAUGAAAGAAAAUCAACCAAAUUCAGAAGUGUGAACCUACCGUGCAAGUAUUAUUAUAUUAUGACAGAAGGCAGGUUUCACAGGGCAACAACAGCUGAUUAACAAAGAUUAGAAAAAUAAUUUUAUUAUAAAAAAUACAAAAAAAAACGAGAACUCAUACAAACAUUUCAUGUAAAGACUCAAGAACGUAUUUAAAAAUAAUGUUAAGAUGAUUAUAAGUGUAUAAUAGGCACGAUCUUUGUCUUGCGUCAUUUAAAAAAGAAUUUUAGAUACCAGAAAAAAGAGGAUAUAUUGAGCCAUGCCUUCUACUACUAAUGAUAUUCCUGACGUUGAGUUUGAAACAUGAACUAAAAUUUAUCGAGAAACCAGUAAUUUAGGAGCUGUAAAUGAUUCGCGAUAUAUAUAAAAUUUAUUAAAAAACGUAUUUUUUUUUCAUGUAAAGAUAUAUCGUGAUAAUGCUUUAAAUUGUUAUCGCUCCUUCUCCUGUUUUUUCUGGGUGAUUCCAAAAUUCUUCUCGAUGAUCGCGCUCACACAGCUACGGCUAAGCGAAAGAGAUUGCGGUGCAAUGCCUUCGUUUACGAUGUAACGCAUUACCAUAUUUUUUUUCUAUUACGAAAAGUAAAGAAACAUGAUUAUUUUUAAAAAAACGGAAAAAACGAUUAGUGUGUGAGGCUUUAGCAUAUAAGUCGAGUUUAUUGUACAAUUAUUAAAUAGACCCAGAAGACGUGAGAAGAGAGAAA